AUCAAAAUCAUAUAAGAGAAAGAAAACCAAACCCCAAAGCCUAACAAAUCUGAAAGAGAAUUUGCAGACUUCCUCAGAUUUGGCUUUCAGUACAUAUUACAUAUUAUUAUUAUUAUUAUUAUUAUUUCUUUUUCAUUUUUCUUUUUAUUCUUCACAAAUAAUGCCUGCGAGUUUAGAGCCGUUGGAUUUAAGUGUUCAAGUACCUUACCAUUUCAGGUGUCCGAUUUCGCUUGAGCUUAUGCGUGAUCCGGUCACCGUUAGUACCGGUCAAACUUACGACCGUUCCAGCAUCGAGUCUUGGGUUGCUACCGGUAAUACUACGUGUCCGGUCACUCGUGUUCCGCUCACUGAUUUCACUCUCAUCCCUAAUCAUACUCUUCGCCGGUUAAUUCAAGAUUGGUGUGUUGCCAACCGGUCUUUUGGUGUUGAACGUAUUCCGACUCCUAAACAACCCGCCGAACCGAGUCUGGUUCGGUCUUUGUUGAACCAAGCUUCUUCUGAGUCGAAUCUUUAUCAGUCUCGUCUUUCUGCUCUUCGUCGACUCAGAGGUCUCGCUCGUGACUCGGAUAAGAACCGGUCUGUUAUUUCCUCUCAUAACGCACGCGAAGUUUUCAUUAAUCUUGUCUUCGCAAAUUGUACGGAUUCCAACUCGUCCGAUUUGAACCACGAGGCGUUGGCUUUGCUUAUCAUGUUUCCACUCAGCGAGUCAGAUUGUGUGUGCAUAGCUUCAGACUCGGGGAGAAUAAAUUAUUUAGUAAAUCUUCUGUUCCACAUCUCAAUUGAAGUCCGAGUUAACUCAGCUGCCCUAAUUGAAAUUGUUGUUGCCGGAACAAAAUCGUCAGAUCUUCGCGCUCAAAUCAGUAGCGUAGACGAAAUAUUCGAAGGAGUAAUAGAGAUGUUAAAAAAUCCUAUCUCUUAUCCUCGCGCACUCAAAAUUGGGAUUAAAGCACUGUUUGCCUUGUGUCUGGUGAAGCAGACAAGGCACAAGGCUGUUUCGGCCGGAGCAGCCGAUAUUUUAAUAGAUAGGCUGGCGGAUUUCGAUAAAUGUGACGCAGAGAGAGCGCUGGCUACUAUAGAGCUAUUAUGCAGAGUGCCAACAGGUUGCACGGCGUUUGCAGGGCACGCGCUAACAGUUCCUUUGCUGGUAAAGAAGAUAUUGAAAAUAUCAGACAGAGCGACGGAGUAUGCGGCUGGAGCACUUUUGGCGCUUUGCACGUCAUCGGAGCAAAGCCAGAGAGAGGCAGUAAGCGCCGGAAUAUUGACACAGCUUUUGUUGCUGGUGCAGAGCGAUUGUACAGACAGAGCAAAGAGAAAGGCACAGAUGUUGUUGAAAUUGCUUCGGGACUCGUGGCCGGAGGAUUCUUCUGCCAAUUCCGAUGAUUUUAUUUGCAGUGAGGUUGUUCCCUUUUGAUGGAUGGUUGAUUCUUCUUCUUCUUCUCCUACUUCAGUCUCUGUUUUUUUUUUUUUUUUUUUUUUGAAAAAGAACUUUUUUUUUUUUUUUAGAUUAAAAGGGACAAGAAAAAAAAGAAAGAAAUUGAAAUUCUAGAUUGGUAUAUAGAGAGAUGAGAAUUAAUUUUUGUAAUUGUGUAUCUAAUUGUGUAUGAAAGAAUUUUUGUUAGAAA